UACCCUCCUUGCCAGGGCCCUGAAGAUGGUCUUGGGUUGGCUGUGAGAUAUCACUGGGCAACGCUAGUUUAGAAGAGGGGAUGGGAAGCAGGGAGAGAAGUCACCGAAAGGAGAGGGAAAAGGUGAAGCGGGGAAAAAAAGGAGAGAGUUCUGGGGGGUUUCAAGGUCCUCUGACCUGACUUGGCGGAGCCCUGACAGCCUUGAAAGAUGGCUUCUUCGCUGCAUCACCUUAUUCCAGGAGGAGAGGGAGGUAGGGCAAGGAAAGUUAAAGGAGGGAAUAUUGAUGUACAUCCAUCAGAAAAAGCACUCAUUGUUCAAUAUGAAGUGGAAGCCACCAUUCUUGGAGAAAUGGGGGACCCUAUGUUGGGAGAACGAAAAGAAUGUCAAAAAAUUAUUCGACUUAAGAGUCUCAAUGCCAACACAGAUAUAACUUCCCUGGCAAGGAAGGUGGUUGAAGAAUGUAAACUCUUUUUUUCUUCAAAACUAAAUGAGGUAGAACAGCUGUUGUAUUUUUUUCAGAACCGCCGUGAUUCAUUGUCAGGAAAAGAGAAAAAAGAAAAAUCAAGCAAGCCUAAAGUUUUUUUUCCUUUUGAAGGAAUGGAGUACUUUCUGCUUCUUCCUUUUUUUUUUAUUGAUGAAGUUGCUAACAUUAAUGACAUGGAUGUUUUUUUUGAGUUAUUAUAUGAAGAUAUUCCUGACAAGGUUCGGGGUUCUGCUUUGAUCCUGCAGCUUGCUCGAAAUCCUGAUUUUUUUGAAGAACUACUAUUAAAUGAAACUGCCCUUGGUGCAUUAGCAAGGGUCCUGAGAGAAGACUGGAAGCAAAGUGUUGAGUUAGCUACAAACAUUUUUUUUAUCUUUUUUUGCUUUUCCAGCUUUUCUCAGUUUUUUUGACUUAUUACUCAUUAUAAAAUUGGAGCUCUGUGUUUUUUUAUUAUUGAUCAUGAGUUAAAAAGACAUGAGCUUUUUUUUUUAGAACUUUCAAAGAAGAAGAAAGCUGUUGAUGAAGUUUUUUUAAAUCAAACCUUGAGAAAGGAUUAUGAAAAAACCUUUUUUUAGUACCAGGGGCUUGUGGUAAAACAGGAACAGCUUUUUUUUGUUGCUCUUUAUUUGCUUCUGAAUCUUGCUGAGGAUACUCGUACCGAACUGAAAAUGAGGAACUUUUUUUUAGUUCACAUGUUGGUGAAGGCCCUUGAUCGGGACAAUUUUGAGCUGCUAAUUCUAGUUGUGUCAUUCUUGAAGAUUUUUUUCAUUUUUAUGGAGAAUAAAAAUGAUAUGGUUUUUUUGGAUAUUGUUGAAAAACUGGUGAAAAUGAUACCUUGUGAGCAUGAAGACCUGCUGAAUAUCACCCUCCGACUUUUUUUUUUUCUCUCCUUUGACACAGGACUGAGGAAUAAGAUGGUUUUUUUUGGACUGCUUCCCAAGCUCACUGCACUCCUAGGCAAUGACAACUACAAACAAAUAGCAAUGUGUGUUCUUUACCACAUAAGCAUGGAUGACCGCUUUAAAUCAAUGUUUGCGUACACUGACUGUAUACCACAGUUAAUGAAGAUGCUGUUUGAAUGUUCAGAUGAACGAAUUGACUUGGAACUCAUUUCUUUCUGCAUUAAUCUUGCUGCUAACAAAAGAAAUGUACAGCUUAUCUGUGAAGGAAAUGGGCUGAAGAUGCUCAUGAAGAGGGCUCUGAAGUUUAAGGAUCCAUUGCUGAUGAAAAUGAUUAGAAACAUUUCUCAGCAUGAUGGACCAACUAAAAAUCUGUUUAUUGAUUAUGUUGGGGACCUUGCAGCCCAGAUCUCUAAUGAUGAGGAAGAGGAGUUUGUGAUUGAAUGUUUGGGAACUCUUGCAAACUUGACCAUUCCAGACUUAGACUGGGAAUUGGUUCUUAAAGAAUAUAAGUUGGUUCCAUACCUCAAGGAUAAACUAAAACCAGGUGCUGCAGAAGAUGAUCUUGUUUUAGAAGUGGUUAUAAUGAUUGGAACUGUAUCCAUGGAUGACUCUUGUGCUGCAUUGCUAGCCAAAUCUGGGAUAAUCCCUGCACUCAUUGAAUUGCUAAAUGCUCAACAGGAAGAUGAUGAAUUUGUAUGUCAGAUAAUUUAUGUCUUCUACCAGAUGGUUUUCCACCAAGCCACAAGAGACGUCAUAAUCAAGGAAACACAGGCUCCAGCAUAUCUCAUAGACCUGAUGCAUGAUAAGAAUAAUGAAAUCCGAAAGGUCUGUGAUAAUACAUUAGAUAUUAUAGCGGAAUAUGAUGAAGAAUGGGCUAAGAAAAUUCAGAGUGAAAAGUUUCGCUGGCAUAACUCCCAGUGGCUGGAGAUGGUAGAGAGUCGUCAGAUGGACGAGAGUGAGCAGUACUUGUAUGGUGAUGAUCGAAUUGAGCCAUACAUUCAUGAAGGAGAUAUUCUCGAAAGACCUGACCUUUUCUACAACUCAGAUGGAUUAAUUGCCUCUGAAGGAGCCAUAAGUCCCGAUUUCUUCAAUGAUUACCACCUUCAAAAUGGAGAUGUUGUUGGGCAGCAUUCAUUUCCUGGCAGCCUUGGAAUGGAUGGCUUUGGCCAACCAGUUGGCAUUCUUGGACGCCCUGCCACAGCAUAUGGAUUCCGCCCUGAUGAACCUUACUACUAUGGCUAUGGAUCUUGAUAAAGUAUCUGUUUCCAUGCGUUACCUCAGCUUAGAAGAAAUCUGUGUGGGUUGGGUUAAUUUUGGAUCUUUGCCUAAUAAUGCAUGUUGAUGUUAUUGUGGGUCUGUGUUUGUUUUUAUUUUUAUAUGUUGUUAGCUGCAGAUUAACCCCAGCCCCUUCUGUCUUCUGUUAAGUACAGUCGAUACUGACAUUGUUCACUCAUCAAACCACAUCUUGAUACUGAGUAACAUUUCCCAUGAGCCUCAAAACUGAAUGCUGAAAAGCUACUAGACUGGAAAAGAAACACUGCAUUAUGUACGUUAAGUGACUAAUUUAAUUUCAAUUAAAAAGUAUAAAGUGAAAAUGAAUA